AUGAAUUGCGAACUUUUAGCCACAUGCAGUGCCCUUGGGUACUUGGAGGGAGACACGUACCACAAGGAACCAGAUUGCUUAGCGAGUGUGAAGGAUUUGAUCUGCUACUUGAGGCACGAGGAUGAGACUCGGGAUGUGCGGCAGCAGCUGGGGGCCGCCCAGAUCCUGCAGAGUGACCUUCUACCCAUCCUUACCCAACAUCGCCAGGACAAGGCUCUCUUCGAUGCCGUGAUCAGGCUGAUGGUGAACCUGACACAGCCGGCCUUGCUCUGUUUUGGCAGUGUGCCCAAGGAGCCCAGCUUCCGGCACCACUAUCUGCAGGUGCUGGCUCACUUGCAGGCCUACAAAGAGGCCUUUGCCAGUGAGAAGGCUUUUGGGGUCCUCAGUGAAACCUUGUAUGAGCUGCUACAGCUGGGCUGGGAGGAACGGCAGGAGGAAGACAACUUGCUGAUUGAGCGCAUCCUGCUGCUGGUCAGAAAUAUUCUCCACAUCCCAGCCGACCUGGAUCAGGAGAAGAGGAUCGAUGAUGACGCCAGCGUCCAUGACCAGCUUCUCUGGGCAGUUCAUCUCAGUGGCCUGGACGACCUGCUCCUCUUCCUGGCCAGCUCGCCCACUGAGCAGCAGUGGAGCCUACACGUGCUAGAGAUCAUCUCCCUUAUGUUUCGUGACCAGAACCCUGAGCAGCUAGCAGGGGUGGGACAGGGGCGCUUAGCUCAGGAGCGGAGCACCGAUGUGGCAGAACUGGAGGUGUUGCGCCAGCGAGAGAUGGCAGAAAAGAAGACUCGAGCCCUUCAGCGUGGCAACAGGCAUUCUCGAUUUGGGGGCUCCUACAUUGUCCAGGGGUUGAAAUCCAUUGGAGAGAGGGACCUCAUCUUUCACAAAGGUCUCCACAAUCUCCGAAACUACAGUUCGGAUUUGGGAAAGCAGCCCCGGAGGGUGCCUAAACGCCGCCAGGCUGCCCGGGAGCUGUCCAUUCAGCGCCGCUCUGCCCUCAACGUGAGACUCUUCCUCAGAGACUUCUGCUCUGAGUUCCUGGAGAACUGUUACAACCGGCUCAUGGGCUUGGUGAAGGAUAACCUGCUUCGGGAGAGAGCUCAGCAGCACGAUGAGACCUAUUACAUGUGGGCCUUGGCUUUCUUCAUGGCCUUCAACCGGGCUGCCUCCUUCAAGCCAGGCCUGGUCUCUGAGACCCUCAGUGUCCGUACCUUCCACUUCAUUGAGCAGAACCUCACCAACUACUAUGAGAUGAUGCUGACUGACCGCAAGGAAGCCGCCUCCUGGGCACGCCGGAUGCACUUGGCUCUGAAGGCCUAUCAGGAGCUUCUGGCCACAGUAAAUGAGAUGGACGUGUCGCCAGAUGAGGCUGUGAGGGAGAGCAGCCGCAUCAUCAAAAACAACAUUUUCUAUGUCAUGGAGUAUCGAGAGCUGUUCCUGGCACUCUUUCGGAAGUUCGAUGAGCGAUGCCAGCCCCGCUCUUUCCUCAUUGACCUGGUGGAAACCACCCAUCUCUUCCUCAAGAUGUUGGAGCGGUUUUGUCGGAGCCGAGGGAACCUGGUGGUGCAGAACAAACGAAAGAAGAGAAAGAAGAAAAAGAAGCCUGUUGCUUCUGGUGAUGUCGCCUGCAGCCCAGGGGACCUAGAGGCCCUGUGGCCGUCCCUGGCCGAGCAGCUGCAGUGCUGUGCCCGGGAUCCUGAGCUCCGUUUGGACUCCAUGGUUCCCUUUGAUGCAGCCUCAGAGGUGCCCGUGGAAGAGCAGCGGGCAGAAGCCAUGGUGCGGAUCCAAGACUGUCUGCUGGCUAGCCAGGCCUCUCAGGCCCUGACUCUCCUUAGGUCUGCCCGAGAGGUGUGGCCAGAAGGAGAUGUGUUUGGCUCUCAAGACAUUUCCCCAGAGGAAGAGAUCCAGCUGCUGAAGCAAAUCCUCUGUGCCCCCCUUCCCCGGCAGCUGGGGCCAGAGGAACGAGGGGCAGAGGAGGAGGAAGAGGAAGAGGAGGAGGAGGAGGAGGAGGAAGAAUUGCAAGUGGUCCAGGUGUCGGAGAAGGAAUUUAAUUUUCUGGACUACCUGAAACGCUUUGCCAGCUCAACUGUCAUCCGAGCCUACGUGCUGCUGCUGCGGAGUUACCGGCAGAACAGUGCCCACACUAACCACUGCAUCGUCAAGAUGCUGCACCGGUUGGCCCACGACCUCAAAAUGGAAGCCCUUCUUUUCCAGCUCUCACUCUUUUGCCUCUUCAAUCGUCUGCUUAGUGACCCUGCCGCUGGGGCCUACAAAGAGCUAGUGACUUUUGCAAAAUACAUCCUGGGCAAGUUCUUUGCCUUGGCUGCAGUCAACCAAAAAGCCUUUGUGGAGCUGCUGUUCUGGAAGAACACUUCCGUGGUUCGAGAGAUGACGGAGGGCUAUGGCUCCCUGGACGGCGGAUCUAGUCGUAAGCCUCCUGCGUGGAGCCCAGAGGAGGAGGCCCAGCUUCGGGAACUGUACCUUGCCCAUAAGGAUGUGGAAGGUCGGGAUGUGGUGGACACCAUAUUGGCACACCUGAGAACUGCUCCUCGGACACGCAAGCAGGUCAUCCACCACCUGGUGCGGCUGGGGCUGGCUGACAGUGUUAAGGACUUUCAAAGGAAAGGGACCCACAUCGUCCUGUGGACAGAAGAUCAGGAGCUGGAGCUGCAGCGGCUUUUUGAGGAGUUCCAGGCCUCAGAUGAUGUCCUGGGUCAUAUCAUGAAGAAUAUCACAGCCAGACGCUCACGGGCCCGAAUAGUGGAUAAACUGCUGGCUCUGGGGCUGGUGGCUGAGCGGCGGGAGCUAUACAAGAAACGCCGGAAGAAGUCGGCACCUCCGGGCUCGCCUAAUGGAGAGGAGUCCCCGAAAGGUUUUUGCCAGGAAGAUCUGGAAGAAGAGGAAAGCCUGUCAGAGGGAGAUAGUGAGGAGAAUGAGGAGAAAGAGGAGUGCUCAGAAGCAGAGCAAACCCCCCCGGGGAGCUCAGUCCUGUCAACUGAAGACCUUGGGCAAAGCCUGCGGCAGGAAGGCUUUUCUGCUCCGCUCCUGUGGCUCCAGAACUGCCUGGUUCAAGCAGCAAACGACCGGGAAGAGGAUGGCUGCUCCCAGGCAGUGCCGUUGGUGCCGCUGACGGAAGAAAAUGAGGAAGCCAUGGAAAAGGAACAGUUUCAGCAGCUGUUGCGCAAGCUAGGGGUUCGACCUCCUGCCUCUGAGCAGGAAACCUUCUGGCGAAUUCCAGCCAAGCUGAGUCCCACCCAGCUCCGGAGGGCAGCAGCUUCUUUGAGUCAAGCAGAGGAAGAGGGAAAACUUCAGCCAGGGCUAGACCCGAAAGUUCCUGGAGAGCAAGCCCCCGAGGGAGAGCACCCAAAGGAAGACCGGGCACAAGCCCUGAGGGCCCUCCUGUUGGCCCGAAAAAAGAAAGCAGGCCUGGUGUCCCCAGCGGAGGCAGAGAUCGCUGCUGUCCAAGAGCAGCCGAAAGUGGCAGCCAAGAAGCGACAACUGCUGGACAGCGAUGAGGAACAGGAAGAAGAUGAGGGCGGGCGCAAAGCACCAGAGCUGGGAGUUCCAGGAAUCCAAAAGAAGAAACGGUUUUGUAUUGAGGAUGAAGAGGAAAGCGACUGAAGAGCCGGAAGCCUGAGGGUAGCGAUAGACCUGUAUGUGGGUGCUGAGUUUAAACCAGAAUUGGAAGGCUCAUGCAGGACCAGAAACGCCUCGUACUGGACAGAAGCAGUACAGGCCUGGGCUUCCCCAUGGACGGGGGUCCAGGAAGUUCAGACCAUGGUGCUGGACUCCCGUACUCACUCACUCCUUGUUUCUCCCUGUUUGGUCCGGAUGCCUCGGUAGCCCCCUGUCCCGGCUUCUUCUGGGACCCAUUCUUUGGGUUAUUAGUGCCCCUUAGCAAACGAAAGGAGUGAGUGAAACCUAGAAGGUGCCCUGGAUCUCUCUCACUGGUCUGUUCCUUUUGGCUCUCUGCUGGAGGUGGGUCAUGGCCCCAGACGGGGAGCUUCGUGACAUGAUGGGUAGGGAUAUAACACCACUUAAAAAGCACCAGAUGCUCCCAUCUUCAUUCUCUUUCCUAUGAUCACAGCCUAGACACCAGAUUGAGCCUAAUUCCUGCAGUUGAGGUGGGGCUGGGAUGCAGUACUCCGCAGAUGAUGAAUAUGUUUGGUUUGUGUUUGGUAUUGAAUUAACCAUGUAAGAUUAAAAGUUGCCAAUGUUGAUCUGACUUCUAAUCUGUCUUAAGUACCCUGCUGUGCUCUUGGGAGACCUUUUGACUAUUAAGGUUAAAACAAACCAUCAACCUUCCAUUUUCUCUUGCUUUCCCUACAGAAGGCACAGAAAAAUAUUCUCACCUCAAGAUCCUUGUUCUAGGACAGUGGUCGG